GAAUUGUGAACUUGAACAUUACAGAUCAAAAUGACUGGACGCGGAAAGGGAGGCAAAGGUCUGGGUAAAGGAGGAGCCAAGCGUCAUCGCAAAGUGCUGCGUGAUAACAUCCAGGGAAUCACCAAGCCAGCCAUCCGUCGUCUGGCCCGCCGUGGAGGAGUGAAGCGUAUCUCUGGCCUGAUUUACGAGGAAACUCGCGGCGUGUUGAAAGUAUUCUUGGAGAAUGUGAUCCGUGAUGCGGUCACCUACACCGAACAUGCCAAGCGCAAGACCGUUACAGCGAUGGACGUAGUGUACGCGCUGAAGCGUCAAGGUCGCACCCUGUACGGUUUCGGAGGCUAA